UAGAGUAUUUGGAACAUUUAAAAAAUAAAGGAGUUAAGAUUGCAGAUGGUUUUCGUUGCUUGCAAGAUGAAGCGGGUGGAUCUCCUUCUGUUGGUUUUCUUUUGUGUGAUGCUUAUAAUGAGUUGACGAAAAAGUCUAGAAAAUCUUUUGACGGUUGUGAUGCAAAUACAUUGAUUAAUAUUUUUAAGAACAGACAUGCCAAUGAAGAAGACUUUUUCUAUUCUUUUGAGGUUGAUUUGGAUGGUUCUCUUUGUAGCUUUUUUUUGGAGAGAUAAGAAAAUGAGAGAAGAUUAUACUGCAUUUGGUGAUUUAGUUAUUCAUGAUACGGCUUAUCGCACCAACAAAUAUGAUAUGAUUUGUGGUCCUUCGUUGGCAUUAACUCUCAUACUCAUAAUUGCAUGUUUGGUUGUGGUUUUUUAUUGAAUGAAAGAAUUGAGUCGUUUGAAUGGCUUUUCACUACAUUUUUUGCAAUCUAUGGGUUCUGUCCAUCUAAGAACUGUUAUGACAAAUCAAUCGGCUGCUAUGUCUGCUGCAAUUUGUAAAGUAUUUCCUCUCUCGAAACAUCGUCUGUGUGUUUGGCAUAUCACUGAAAAUUCAAAGAAACAUAUACGUGACUUGAGGAAUCAAGAGGGCUUCUUAGAUUUGUUUGAUCAUGUUCUGAAAUUGUGUCACACCGUUGCAGAAUUUGAUCAUUACUGGAAUAGAAUGAUCUCUGAAUACAAUUGCUCUGAUAAUCCUUGGUUGAAGAAACUGUAUGAGAUGAAAGAGAAAUGAUGUCGUGCUUUUUCAAAAGAGUUCUUUUCUGCUGGAAUCUUGUCUUCCCAACGAAGUGAAUCCACAAAUCAUUUUUUGUCUAGAAAAAUGAAUGCGAACUCGUCUCUUUGUGACUUUUACCAUUUUUUCAGUGAGGCUGUCAGUGAAUGGCGAAGUAAUGAACGUAAAGAUCAGCAACGUUGUUGGGAUGGUUAUCCUGAAAUUGCUAUUCCCUAUGUUGGUUUGUUACAUAAAGCUUCCAAGGUUAAUUUACACGAUUGAUGCGUAUAAACUCUUUGAAAAGGAAUUUAUGAGAGAUUGUUAUAUUCUGAAAAGGUGGACUCGUACAACAAAAUGUCACAUAAAUGAAGAAACUCAUGAUGUAGCUGGUACUUCUAGUGUCUUGCCUUCUGUUUGGAGACUGCAAAUGCAAAAGAAACAUCACAAGCUGUUAUGCUCUAGUGAUUCAAAUUCUGCAGCAAGGAAGUUAUGUGAAGAUUCUUUUAAAAGUUUGAAAGUUGCUGUUCAAGAUCAACUUUGUAAUCACAUUAUUAUAUACUUAUGUAUUUGUGUUCUUCUGUUCAGUUUCUAUUUUUCUUAAACAUAGAUGUCUGUAAUCCUAU